AUGUCUAAACUCGUUCCUCUCACCGUCAUCAAGGGCGCUGGCCACGAGUUCAUUCCUCUGCCCCAGGGCGAGAACGCCACUGUCGCUGACUUCCAUACCAUCCGCACAAAGACCGAUGCCCCCGCUCACAUCACUUCAGGCUUCUACAAGAUCGAGGCUGGACCUGCUCGUCCUGCGCACUAUGAUUUUGAGGAGAGCAAGUAUGUCUUGAGUGGUCAGAUUGAUGUCUUGGAUGAGGCUACUGGCAUUACGCAUCACCUUGUCCCCGGUGACUUUGCAUUCUUCCAUGUUGGCUCCAAGGUCAAGUUCUCUACUCAAUCCCAGGGCUUUGCUUUCUACGCUGUCACUCGACCUGUCCGCGCGCCUCACCCCAACUUGAAGGGACGUGAGGAGGACACCAAGUCCCGUCUACUCAUUCACAAUACAACAAGCAACGCCCGAAGAAUAAAACUACGCUCGGUAACCCAAUCUCCUGACAUCGCACUAGCCAUUCCAACAGAAUACAAACCAACCAAGAACCUUCGUCGAGACAACCAACCUACCAUCAAAAUGGCCACUUGCAUCGGAUAUUUAUAUCUGCUACCCAAGAUUGAGAUUUUCAACCUCGACGACCUCGAUGCCGCCUUGGAGAAAAUUUACGGCGAGGGCAAAGUAGUAUGGAAAACGGUUGACAAAUCGCUCAUUUUCGAAUCUCAAACUGUUGAUCUGGCCGACUUGAGAGAAAAGCUUGGGGAUUUGGGACUGACGUUUACGUGGCGUUUCCCCUGCACAUUUAUCGAUAAGCUGCGCACUGCUCUCGAGCCGACUGGGUGGGCUGGAGAAUACAUAAACCUCUCUUUGUACAGCUACGAAUUCCUUUACAGCCCCAUACAUUCAAACUUUUAUACCUCAAUUGGUACAAUGUCUGCACCUGAGGAGCCGGGAAUUGUGCAGGUCGUUGGGGAGCCAAAGCACUUCAAGCUUGAGACGCUCAGCCGUGACCUUGAAAAGAUUCAUGGCAAAGGAAAGGCUGGGUGGAAACUGAUCCAAGCUCACAAAGUGAAACUCGUCGCAAUUACGAUUGAACCAGAAGACAUUGCUGCGUUUGCAGAACACUACGAAAAUCUUGGCGUGAAGUUGAAUGGGAGCAAAAGAAGAAAUGAAAAAUCCUCAAUACAUUAA